ACGUAAUUACUACAUAAAGAUGAACUUUUCCAGGAACAUGGGAGCAAAGAAAACUGGUCUAAACCUUCACAUCGUUGCACCAGGCUGGGCGAAUGGAAGAGGAGGAGGCAGUGUGGGAAGAGGUGGAGGCGGUGUGGGAAGAGGUGGAGGCGGUGUGGGAAGAGGUGGCGGCCGGGGGCGGACAGUAGGCUUUGACGCUCGGCAGAAGCUGCAGUCUAAAAGCUUUGACGCUCGGCAACUGCUUAAGCCUAAAAUAGUGGAUGCUCGCGAGAAACUCAAACCAAAAGAUGCGAGAGCCAAGCUGAAUGCGAAGAAAGGAAUGGUGGCGGUGGUCGACGCCAGGCAAAAGAUACAAGCUCGCCACAAUGUGCAAGUCAAGCAGUCAACAGUACCAACAUCCCAAAUCAUCACUACCGUUGGCAAUUCCUCCACUUUACCUAACUGGUCAACAGGUGUCCAGCCACAUGUCAUACGCACAGUGGAUAAUGAGCUGUUUGGCGCCAAUCCUUCUCCCACACCUACUCCUGCAUUUCCACUGCGAAGAGGAACAUCCAAUAUUCUAAUGAGGAGGACAGCUGGGAGGUUGACAACUACCCAGCCUGGGACAGAAAUUGUGGAAAGGUCCGUGGAUGGCGAUAACGGCUUCACGGUCACGUUGAGGAACGACGACCGACAGAAGUGGCCGGCCGUGCGACCGCAACUGCGCACGCGAGGCAACCUGAUAGAGCUGCAGCCGAUGCGGUCGCAGUCGCUCGUGCGGCCAGGCGCCGUGGCAGAGCAGCCGACGAGGACGCGGUCUCUCAUGCGGGCGGACGCGAUGCCACAGCAGCCGACGAGGACGCAGUCUCUCAUGCGGGCGGAGGCGAUGCAUGCGUCGCAGCAGCCGUGGCAGGGCGUGGUUCGCGGAACCCCUGACGUUCCCAUGAAAAGAAACUACAAUGAGGAAGACGACUUUCCCAUUACAAUCAAGAAGAGGAUCACAAGUGCAAAAAUUCCAGAAGUUGAGGAGGUGGUGGUGGAGGAAGAUAUCAUCAGCCCACUUCAAGGCUACAAGGUACUAGUAACCAACCUGCACCCUGAUGUCACAGAGGAGGAUGUUGUGGAGUUGUUUGGUGCUGUUGGUGCGCUGAGAACGACUCGGCUGUUGAGACCGAGCCAGGGAGAGGUGGUGUACGUGAAACGCGAAGACGCUCUUGCUGCCUGUCGUAGAUACGACUCGCGCGAGUUGGACGGUCAGCCGAUGUCGGUGAUACUCCUAACCUCGGGCAAGCCUGCCGCGACGACCUCUGACCUCAGAGGCGAGCUUCUGCCUGUGAGAGCGAAGGGUUCUCAGCAGCCGGUGCCCGCCGUCGACGUCGGUCUCAUCCACGAUGUGCUCUUCAAGAAGACGCCGGCGCCCAAAGUGCGUCCGGUCACCUUCCGAGUCAAGAUAUGAAUCGGGGUUUGGAGUUCCGGAUUAUCGAUGCUUUGUCGGCUGUAAUAUAUGUGAAAUUGGCUUGGCGAUGCUGCUUGCCACGGGUUUGGUGUUGGUGAGAGAAGAAGAUGAGAUGUGCACUGUGUGCCGUGGUCGAGGUGCAUGUGCGUGAGUGUUUUGUGUGUGAAAGUGUGGAUUAGCGUCAACCCAACUACGACUACAUUAUGUCUCGAAGCUGGACGUUAUUUCCACGUAAAAUGUCUUGAUUGAGAUAAAGCUUUUUCCAAUCGCUGCGGUUUGUACGGGGGAGUCACGAUUGUCAGCUUUUAUUAUGUUGAAACCCAAUUACAGGAGAUGCAUCAAAGAACACUUGUUGUCUGAUUAUGUGUAUCAGUGUAUGUACAGAGGAAGAAGGUCGUACAUACUACAUAGUUAAAUGUUUAUAUGAUAAUGUUCUAGCGUAAUGUUCAACUGUUACAUAAUAAUUUCCCUCGGUCGUUUGUUGCCAUGUAGUGCACUUCAUACUUUAUUCACAUCAUAAUCUAGUACGUGUAGAUGCAAUUAUCGUUUUCUGAAUUUCAGUCAGAAACAUAAAGAAAAAUAAUUCAGUUUCAACCUAUGAUGGAGCAUAUAUUUGGUGCAUGCAAAAGAAUUUUGUUGUAGAAGCUGCCGCCAGCCUUACAUUACACUAUCAUUUUUUGUUAAAGUAAUUUUAUUUUGCUACUUGCAAUUAGGAAUUUUUGGUGGCACUAGAUGUAAAUUCAUCGUAUUAAAUUUUUUGAAUGAAAGUCAAUGUCAGUGGUCGAAAUUAAAUUUGGAGUCCAACCCUCCCUACCCUCAAAAUGAGGGAGUCCACAGUCUGAGGUUCAAAAUUAAAGAUAUUAACAAUAACGCAUGUGCUUAUCAUGCGGUUGCACGUCUGUCAAAUUUUUAACUCCUGUUAAUUUCGCACCCUGCAAUGUAUUGUCUAUAUUAUUUGAUAGAAUGAAUCGCACAAAUAAGCAGGAAAUAUAAGAAUGCACGUUUUCUUUUGUA